CACCUCCCCCGCUCAAUAACAACGACGCAACAGCUCCUACUGCGACAAAGAAAAUAACCCAAAGAGAAAACGAAAAAAAAAAAAAACCCCCUCUUUCCUUCUCUCCUUCUCCCUUCUCACUCCCCUCCUUCAAUCAUAGAUGGCAUCAUUGAGCAUAACUCACCAGAUUGGUGUCCUUUCUGGGAAGCCAAUCCAGUCGGAAUCUGUGACUUCCAACGGCGAUACGACGGGGGUGGUGUCAGCGGCGGCGGUCUGGAAAACUCAGCCAUCGAACCUCCGGUGUAGAAUCAAGAACCAAGGUCUAGAGAUCGAAGCGAUUACACCGCCGGUAAGUCCAUUGAAGAGCCCGUGCAGGUCUCCAUCGCCGGUAUUUGGAUCGAUGAGGCCGGAUCUGUCGGUGGCGUGCCAGGCUCUGGUGGCGGACAUGGAGGCGGAGGCGGCGGCGGUGGUGGAGGAGGAGGAGGUGAGGGAGUAUAUGGAAGGUGGAACUGCGCAGGUGAUGAAAGGUGUGAAGGGGAAGGGGGUGCCAGUGUAUGUGAUGAUGCCGUUAGAUAGUGUCACGAUGAGCAACGGUGUGAACCGGAGGAAGGCCAUGAAUGCGAGUCUGCAAGCGCUAAAGAGCGCCGGGGUGGAAGGGAUUAUGAUGGACGUGUGGUGGGGUUUGGUCGAAAGAGAAGCACCUGGGUCUUACAACUGGGGUGGCUACGCCGAGUUACUUGAGAUGGCCAGGAACCAUGGUCUCAAGGUCCAAGCCGUGAUGUCCUUCCACCAGUGCGGUGGCAACGUUGGUGAUUCUUGCACGAUCCCGUUACCCAAGUGGGUGGUGGAGGAGAUGGAAAAAGACCAGGACCUUGCGUACACGGAUCAAUGGGGGAGAAGGAACUUCGAAUACCUCUCUCUCGGAUGUGACACCCUUCCUGUUCUCAAGGGUCGUAGUCCCGUCCAGUGCUACUCCGACUUCAUGCGUGCCUUCAGGGAUAACUUCAAACACCUUCUCGGCGACACGAUCGUGGAGAUACAAGUUGGGAUGGGCCCAGCAGGGGAGCUCCGAUACCCCUCGUACCCAGAGGCUAAUGGUACAUGGAGAUUCCCCGGAAUUGGAGCUUUCCAAUGCUAUGACAAGUACAUGCUCAGUAGCUUGAAAGCUGCGGCUGAAGCUUCAGGGAAUCCAGAGUGGGGGAACGGAGGCCCUUCAGAUGCAGGGCACUACAACAAUUGGCCUGAAGACACGCCCUUCUUCCGCAGAGAAGGUGGAGGUUGGAAUAGCUCUUACGGCGAAUUCUUCCUCUCUUGGUACUCUGAAAUGCUUUUGAACCACGGAGAGCGGAUACUGUCAUCAGCCGAAUCGAUCUUCAAAGGCACAGGCGUCAAGAUCUCUGUGAAAAUCGCAGGCAUCCAUUGGCACUACGGAACUCGAUCCCACGCACCAGAGCUUACUGCUGGGUACUAUAACACCCGCUACAGAGACGGCUACAUACCCAUCGCACAAAUGCUGUCACGGCACGGCGCAGUUUUCAACUUCACGUGCAUCGAGAUGCGCGAUCACGAGCAGCCCCAAGACGCUCAAUGUGCGCCCGAGAAGCUCGUUAGGCAAGUAGCUUUGGCGACCAGAGAGGCUAACGUGCCACUUGCAGGGGAAAACGCUUUGCCACGGUAUGAUGAGUAUGCGCACAAGCAGAUACUGCAUGCGUCGUCGUUGAAUCUUGGUGGUGACGAUGGAGGCAGGAAAGGAGAGGAGCAAGAGAUGUGUGCUUUCACCUAUUUGAGAAUGAACCCGCAGCUGUUUCAGGAAGAUAACUGGAGGAGGUUUGUGGGGUUUGUGAAGAAGAUGAGAGAAGGAAAGAAUGGGAACCAGUGUUGGGAACAAGUGGAGAGGGAAGCAGAGCACUUUGUGCAUAUUACGCAGCCAUUGGUACAAGAGGCUGCGGUUGCCCUGAGUCACUAGUCUCCGUGAACAUUGAAAACACUGGUCUUUUUAGGUUUUUUUUCUUUUAAAAUGUAUUCAAAAUUUAAGGAUGAAAAAGAGGAAGAAUAGUGAAGAAUGAGGGUUAAUAGAAUCUCUCUAGACUGUUCCCUUUUUUCCUUUUUCGGUUUUGCUUUCUUAAUGUUGUGGUCGUGAGAUCGUUGUGCAUAGACAAUAUGAUCUUGUUGUAGUACCAGUUUUUUUUUUUUGGUAAAGUAUUACAAGCCUCUCUCUCUCUC